GCGAGCAGCUUCGUCGCCGGCGGCCCGGGGAGCAGCGGCGGGGGCUGCGGAAGCUGCAGCCGGAGCCGGAACCGCGCCCACGCCACUGCCCCUCCGCCUCGCCUCGCCUCGCCGUCCGGUAGAGGCCGCGUCCCGGGAGCCGCGCGGCCGCCCACGCCCGGAGCAUCGUCCCCGCCCGAGCGGCACCCGCACCCGCAGCCGGCGGCAUGAUGCGGCUGCGAGGCUCGGGGAUGCUGCGGGACCUGUUCCUGCGGCCUCCCGCCGCCUGCGCGCUCCUGCGACGGGCGCGGCCGCUCGCCACCCUGUGCCGGCGCCCCCGGGGCGGUUUCCGGGCGGCCGGGGGCCCGGCGGCCGCGGCGCGGCUCCACCCGUGGUGGGGGGCGGGCGGGCGCGCGUCCAGCUCGCCCUCGGAGAUCCUGCGGGAGCCGGGCAAGGACGGCGCGCGGCCCCCGCAGCAGCCCCCGCAGCCGCCGCCCGCCGUCCCGCCGGCCUCGGGCCCCCCGGACGGCCCCGCCGACGCCGACGCCCCGGCCCCCGGAGACGGCAAGGAGCCGCCGGCCGCGGGCGACAACAAAAUAAAGCAGGGCCUGUUGCCUAGCUUGGAAGAUUUGCUGUUUUAUACAAUCGCAGAAGGCCAAGAGAAAAUACCUGUCCAUAAAUUUAUUACAGCACUCAAAUCUACAGGAUUACGAACGUCUGAUCCCAGGUUGAAAGAGUGUAUGGAUAUGUUAAGAUUAACUCUUCAAACAACGUCAGAUGGUGUCAUGCUAGACAAAGAUCUUUUUAAAAAGUGUGUUCAGAGUAACAUUGUUUUGCUGACACAAGCCUUUAGAAGAAAGUUUGUCAUUCCUGACUUCAUGUCUUUUACCUCACACAUUGACGAGCUUUAUGAAAGCGCUAAAAAACAGUCUGGAGGAAAGGUUGCAGAUUAUAUCCCUCAGCUUGCCAAGUUCAGUCCUGAUUUGUGGGGUGUGUCUGUGUGUACAGUAGACGGACAGAGGCAUUCUAUUGGGGACACCAAAGUCCCCUUUUGUCUUCAGUCCUGUGUAAAACCUUUGAAAUACGCCAUUGCCGUCAAUGACCUUGGAACAGAGUACGUGCAUCGAUACGUGGGGAAGGAACCGAGUGGACUAAGGUUCAACAAACUGUUUUUAAAUGAAGAUGAUAAGCCACAUAAUCCUAUGGUAAAUGCUGGAGCAAUUGUUGUGACUUCCUUAAUAAAGCAAGGAGUGAAUAAUGCUGAAAAGUUUGACUAUGUGAUGCAGUUUCUGAAUAAGAUGGCUGGUAAUGAGUAUGUCGGAUUCAGUAAUGCAACGUUUCAGUCUGAAAGAGAAAGUGGUGACCGAAAUUUUGCGAUAGGAUAUUACCUGAAAGAAAAAAAGUGCUUCCCUGAGGGCACAGACAUGGUCGGCAUACUAGACUUCUAUUUCCAGCUGUGCUCCAUUGAGGUGACCUGCGAGUCAGCCAGUGUGAUGGCUGCAACUUUGGCUAACGGCGGCUUCUGCCCCAUCACCGGCGAAAGAGUCCUGAGUCCUGAAGCGGUCCGCAACACGCUGAGCCUCAUGCACUCCUGUGGCAUGUAUGACUUCUCGGGCCAGUUUGCUUUCCAUGUUGGGCUUCCUGCGAAAUCGGGAGUUGCCGGCGGCAUCCUUCUGGUCGUCCCCAAUGUCAUGGGCAUGAUGUGCUGGUCUCCCCCCCUGGACAAGAUGGGCAACAGUGUCAAGGGGAUCCACUUCUGUCACGAUCUUGUCUCUCUGUGUAAUUUCCAUAACUAUGAUAAUUUGAGACACUUUGCAAAAAAACUCGAUCCUCGAAGAGAAGGUGGUGAUCAAAGGGUCAAGUCAGUGAUCAACCUUUUAUUUGCUGCCUACACUGGAGAUGUCUCUGCCCUCCGACGAUUCGCUUUGUCAGCCAUGGACAUGGAACAGCGAGAUUAUGAUUCCAGGACAGCGCUUCACGUGGCCGCCGCAGAAGGUCACGUCGAAGUUGUUAAAUUUUUGCUGGAAGCCUGCAAAGUAAAUCCUUUCCCCAAGGACAGGUGGAACAACACCCCCAUGGAUGAAGCCCUGCACUUCGGGCACCACGAUGUCUUCAAGAUCCUCCAGGAAUACCAAGCCCAGUACACACCCCAGGGGGAUGCCGGCAACGGCAAGGAGAAGCAGACCGUUCACAAGAAUCUCGACGGGCUGCUGUAAUAAUGCUCCUUAGCCCCAAGAUGGAGAUCGCUUACCUACAUCAUUGUGGAAAACGAUUUAUUUCUAGGAAGAGUUGUGUGUGUUUUAUCUGGUAGUGCUGCCUAUUUUGCAACAUUUGUUGUUUUCAGUGUUACUGGUGUUCUUUUUUUUUUUUCUUCUUCAUUGUACACACAGGACAAAUCUGAUCUCUUUGGGAAAAAAAAAAAAAAGAAAUACAACAACCUCCCUCCAUAAUGUGAGCGAUAUUUACCUCGUGCGUUGUAUAAUUCAAUGUAAAAGAAAUAGUUACCCGGGCUAGCUUAACUGUGUGGUGUUUAUGAUUUAUUUCUGUGCAUUUUGUGAAUUUUCAGUUUCUGGUGGUGAUCUGCUGAUAGUCAUUUACAAAUUAAGUCUCUUUCCAAAUGGGGCAAGGCUGCCUUUAGAAGUAGAUUAGCAUAAUUUCCAUGACUUUAAAUAUAGAUUUAGUUUGAAUGUUUGAGCGAUUAUAUGCACUUACGGUUGUGUGUUUGAAAUAUUUCUCACCAUCCUUGCUUCGUGAUGUGACUAAGAAAAAACUAACAAUGAACCCUUGCUAGUAGGAUAGACCAGUUCUGAUUAGACCUUAUCAGGGAAUCUGUUUAAGAUAUGUUUGGUGACCAAAUACAUGUGUGAAUGUAGUUAUAAUGCUUUUGGGGGGAAAAUGUCCUUUUUCCAUAUCUUCUUAGUCCAGCCUCUCUUCCCAGACCUUUAGCUCUCUGCCGCUUUCCUGUAGUUGGGAAAGUGGGUGCUGGUGUACUAUGCAGUUUUCAUGUUUUAUUUUUUUUUCACUAAGUCAGAAAAUGUUUCUGACAUUCAAUCUCUAACUAUGCCAUUUGUCCAAAAAAAAGAGUAAACAAGACACAGAUUACUAAGUACCAAUGAGUCAAGUUCUAAAGAAGGGAAGGCCUUUGCUCUUAUUACGAUCUUUUUAAGAUACUUUGAGCUUCUAGAAUCAAGUGAAGUCCAGAAGUUCUCUAAGCUACCAACAUCAUGGGAACUGCUGCACAGAACCUCAGUCUAUAGAAGUGUCCCUGAAAGUCAGCAUCAAGACAUUUGUUCUCCUUGGGGGACUACUGGGCCACUUGCGCUUUCUGCUAAUUCUCUCCUGUACGCUUUUCAAUGAAUACUACUAAGCUUAACACUGAAAACAGGCCAACUCAUUGAGACCAGUACACAAUAUUUGUCUUGAGGACGCCUUGCACACAUACUUGAUGCCGUCACACAUACUUCAGAUGUAAAGUGGUGGGUAAAUGAGGACUUCUGAUACAAGUGUACACACACACACACACACACACACACACACGUGUGUGUGCACACAGGCAUGCACAUACAGUUUUUGAAAAUGUGGUGAGUGCAAUGAAUGGAAUCCACCACUACAGGGAUGCUAGUUGGUAAAGUAAAAAAAAAAAAAAAAAAUCUCCUCUCUCCUUUCUAUCUGCACACGCUGAGGAGUCCCAGCUGUGUCAUGCCUGAGGGCUCCUUUCCUGGUCUAGCAUCUGCUCCAUGUUUUUAUUUUUUACUCCCAGUCCGAGUGACCGCAGCCAUCACCCCCCUGAUGUCUUUCGUGGGAAGCACAGCAGGGACAGAGCUGCUCCCGCUGGCUUCUGCGGGGGAUGAGCAGGCGACCCGUGUUCCUUGCUGCUGUGUCCCUGCCCCGUGGACCUGUCUAGCCAUGGAGGCAGCAUUGGACAGGAACACCGUCACUCCCCAAGACAGAAUGGUUAACACUUCCCAACUGAAAUGGACUGAGGUAACUAACUAACCGCUCAAGUGGCGACUUGUUUUGUGCGCCUCAGAUGCACGUUAAGAUGGUUCCCUUGCACGGCCUGAAGAUCACCAACUAGUCGGAGGUGAGUCUCUAAUACAGAGACUAUUGUUUGGGAACAAGGGUCCUUCUCCUGUCUUCUGAGCUCAAGACUGACUUUGUACAAUCCUCCCAGUCUCCGUGUGUCCUGUGCUCACGCGGUGGUUUCUAACGCUGGUUCCUGCGCUGCCUGUUUGUCACUAGCCGGUAAAAACAA